UGUGGACACAUUUCUCAGACAUGGACGCCUCAAAUAGACGUGUGGUUAUUAAUGUUGGUGGUAUCAAGUUUGAGACCUACGCCAGUACCCUACUCACCUUUCCUGGGACAAAGCUGGCCAGCCUAGCGGAGUCUGCAUCCUGCAGUGCUAAUGACUAUGACCAAAAAAACAAUGAGUUCUUCUUUGAUCGUAACCCCAAAGUGUUUGAGUAUGUGUUGGAUUUUUACAGGACUAAGCAUCUCCACUGCUCAGAUGACAUGUGCCGCUCAGUAAUGAUGGAAGAGCUGAACUUCUGGGAUAUUAGCAGCACUCAUCUUGCUCGCUGCUGCUGGCUUAAGAUGAACAACAACGUUAUUGACUUGGAAGACUUUGGCACCUGGGAUGAAAUCCUGCAGACUGACCCGCAGCAGCUCCUUGUGGAGUCAAGCAGAGUCGAUUACACCUGGAGAGGAAGAUGGCAGCCAAAAGUCUGGACUCUCUUUGAAAUGCCUUUGUCUUCAUUGGCUUCUAUGUGCAUCAGAGCUGUCUCUAUCCUGUUCACCAUUGGGGCAAUAGUCAUCUUCUUUGAAGAAACCAAACAGCAGUUUGUCUACUUGAUGAAUUACACCCAAUCCUCUUCAGAAGACAACUACAUGUCUGUCAAGCAGGCACUGGACCAUCAGAAGGUGGCCUACCUGCUGUUCCUGGAGCUUGUCUGUGUGCUCUGGUUCAUAUUUGAGUUUUGUGUCCGCUUCAUCUUCUGCCCAGACAAAAGGAAAUUCAUAAGAAACUUUCUGAAUGUGGUAGAUUUCUUUUCUCUCUUUCCAGUCUUUGUGGAGCUCAUAGCAAGAGGAAAUGUUUCAAAGAUGGACAUGCUAUGGAAGACUAUGGGCUUUUUCCGCCUAGUCUACAUUCUCAAGUUACUUAGAAUCAUCCUGCUUAUUGAAGGUAGCCUCAUCCUGAAGGUCCUUUCUGGGACACUCAGGUCAAUAAUGAAGGAGAUUUUCAUACUGUUGCUUGUUUUAGCCUUCGAAACACUAUUUUUUGCUUGCUUGGCCUUCUAUGCAGAAUGGGCGAAUGCAUACAUGUAUUUAUAUAAUCAUGACGUGUUUGACGACAUCUACUCUUGCUGCUGGUGGGCUAUUGUUACAUUAACAACAGUGGGGUAUGGAGAUAUCUACCCUAUGACUACAUUUGGCAAAAUUGUAUCGAGUUUGGCUGCUAUUAGUGGCAUCAUGACAAUUGUGAUACCAAUUCCGAUUCUUAUGAUCAAGUUUCAGCACUAUUACAAUAUAGCAUUAGCAGGCGAAAAACUAAAAUUGCACAGGAGCAAUGAACAAAAGCUGUAAGACUGCUGCGAUGUAAGAAUUUUACAGUGGGUCCUAUAUGUCCUACUUAAUAGCCCUAUUCUUACUUGGUGCAGACAUAUGGAUGCUACUAUAUCACUGGGCUUAUAUUUUACAAUAUAUACUAAUAAUACUAGUAUUAUGUCUGAUACAAACCAUGUGUACACCUGCAAUAUUACAACCUCUUGGCUAUAUAUUGUGCACAUAUACACACACACACACACACACACACACAUACACAUAUACAUACACACACAGAUACAUACAUGUAUACACAUACACACAUACAUAUAUACAUACACAUAUACACACACACACACACACACACACAUACACAUAUACAUACAUACACAUAUACAUACAUAUAUACACACACAUAUACAUACACACACAGACAUACACACACACAUACAAACAUAUACACACACAGACGUAUACAUACAUACAAACACACAGAUACUGUAAUACAUGUAUACACAUAUACAUGCACACACAUACACAUAUACAUACAUACAUACACAUACAUACACACACAGAUACAUACAUGUAUACACAUAUAUACACACACAGAUACAUACAUGUAUACACAUAUAUACACACAUACAUAUAUACAUACACACACAUACAUACAUACACACAUAAAAACAUAUACACACACAUACAAACAUAUACACACAGACGUAUACAUACAUACAAACAAACACACAGAUACUGUAAUACAUGUAUACACAUAUACAUGCACACACAUUCACAUAUAUACACACACACACACGCAUACAUAUACACAUACACACAUACACAUAUGCAUACACACGCAUACAUACAUACACACACACAUACAUACAUACAUACACACACACAGGUCAAACUUUGACCCCACCAUCACUGCCCAAACUACACCCACUACCCCAAACCACGCUUUGCAUAUGUUUAGCCAUUGUGAAACACCUUAUUGUGAAAAUAAGAAAAAUGAAAAAAGCGGCCCCAAAAGUGUAUGCUAUAAUAAAAAGCGUAUACUUUAUUUCAUAUUUAAAACAGCAUAGAAUACAAAAAAUAAGAGUAAAGAAAGGUCUAACGCGUUUCCGCUAGCUGUUGCCGUAUUCAUAGACCAUAACUUAUGAUCACUCUAUCUGCUUUAUAUAGGUCCUUAAUCAACCUGUUAAUCAUUUCUAUCUGUUUAAUUUAACCUGUUGACUCCUGGCAUAUGAAAUAACACUGAGGCUCGUUUAACUGAACACAACUAAUCACUUUAAGGGUUAUAAAAUCUAAAUUCACAGACUGUUUAACUCCUGCCUAAUAAGAAGCCAUCUUAGUGCAUAUUGCAUAAAUGCAGAUAAACCUUAGAUGAAAAACAUAUAUAGAAAUCAUGCCUAAUAUAUAAAAGCCUUAUCUAUCCUUGAACAUAUAUGCAAACAGAUCUCAUUUUUAACAGAUCUCAUUUUUAACAAAGAA